GGCGGUGCCGCUGAGGGGAGGCGGUGGAGGAGCCGCCAGGAUGAGGGGAGCCUGAGGGGCGGUGCCGCUGAGGGGAGGCGGUGGAGGAACCGCCAAGUGCCAGCACUGACUGGAGCACUGACUCACCAGGGUAAAGAUCACAGCGUAGGGAACACCCGCGGUUCCCUGCGGACAGCGGGUUUAAACUUCCCGGCGCUUCCAGCUCGUUCUGUCUGGCCUCGGGCACCGGCACCGGCGGAGUGCUUUGCGCGGCGCACCCGGAAGUGGCGGAGCGCUUUGGGCUGCGCACCAGGAAGUGGCGGGAGGUUCGGGUCGAACAUCGUGAUGGCGGCGGCACCGCUGCGCGUGCUGGCGUGUGGCGACGUGGAGGGACGGCUGGAGGCGAUCUUCGGGCGAGUCCGCGCCAUCCAGGCCAAGAGCGGCCGCUUCGACAUGCUUCUGUGCGUGGGGAAUUUCUUCAGCUCCACUUCCGAGGCAGAAUGGGCCGAGUACCGCACAGGGGCCAAGAAAGCUCCAAUCCCGACCUUCGUGCUUGGUGCUAACAACCAGGACACCCUGAGCUAUUUCCCGGACGUCAGCGGCUGUGAGUUAGCUGAGAACAUCACCUACCUGGGGCGCAGGGGCGUGUUCAGCGGCUGCUCGGGGCUGCAGAUCGCCUACCUGAGCGGCACCGAGGCGCAGCAGCAGCCCGCACCCGCACACAGCUUCAGCGCCAAGGACGUGGCCGAGCUGAAAACGUCUCUGCUGGCAGCCCCCAACUUCAGGGGUGUGGAUAUCCUGCUGACAUCCCCCUGGCCCAGGGACGUGGGCACUUUCGCCAACAGCGCCGGGGAAAUAGAUACCAAGAAGUGUGGCUCCAAGUUAGUAUCAGAUCUAGCUGCAAGUCUCAAACCAAGGUACCAUUUUGCUGCCCUGGAGAAGGCCUAUUACGAAAGACUUCCUUACAGGAAUCACGUGGUGCUACAGGAGACCCCACAGCACGUGACCAGGUUUAUUGCACUUGCUGAUGUUGGCAAUACAAGCAAGAAAAAGUACCUCUACGCCUUCAGCAUCGUGCCCAUGAGCUCCAUGGACCCCGCAGAGCUGGUGAAGCAGCCUCAGGACGUCACCGAAAAUCCCUACCGGAGGCUGAGGAAGGAGGCUCCCAAGAGCAAAGCGUCGCUCUCUGCAGAGGAAGAACCAGCUUGUCAGUUUUUCUUUGACUUGAACAAGCAUCAGGGAAAGAAACGUCCCUCAGAUGGGAAAGAGAGAGGGGACUCCCAACCUAAGCAAGCCAAGAAACCCCCUCAGCCCACAGGGCCCUGCUGGUUCUGCCUGGCCAGCCCAGAGGUGGAGAAGCACUUGGUUGUCAGUAUUGGCACACACUGCUACCUUGCCCUGGCCAAAGGGGGUUUGUCCCCUGACCACGUGCUGAUUUUGCCAAUUGGGCACUAUCAGUCAGUGGUGGACCUGUCUUCAGAGGUGCUGGAAGAAGUGACCAAGUACAAGGCUGCCCUAAAGGAAUUUUUCAGAAGCAAGGGGAAGAGAUACGUGCUAUUUGAAAGAAACUAUAGGAGUCAGCAUCUGCAGCUACAGGUGAUCCCUGUCCCUCUGGACCUCUGCACUUCUGAAGACAUCAAGGAGGCCUUUAUUUCUCAAGCCCAGGAACAGCAGAUUGAACUGUUAGAAAUCCCAGAGCACUCGGAUAUCGCGCAAGUGGCCCAGCCGGGGACGCCGUACUUCUACGUGGAGCUGGACACGGGGGAGAAGCUGUUCCACCGCAUCCGCGGCCGCUUCCCGCUGCAGUUCGGCAGGGAGGUGCUGGCCAGCGAGGCGCUGCUGGCGCAGCCGCAGCGCGCGGACUGGCGGCAGUGCGCCGCCCAGCGGCCCGAGGAGGAGGCGCAGGCCCGCGCCUUCCGCCGCGAGUUCGAGCCCUUCGACUUCUCCCUCCGGGACUGAGGCGGCGCUGCCGGCGGCGGCCCCGGGCGGGCGCGGGCGGCGCCGGGCGGUGACGCGGCAAUAAAGGCGGGGUGCCGGAGCGAGCGGCUGAGCCAUGGAGCGGGGCGGGCCCCCCGCGCCCGCCGCCGGCGAGCGGGCCCCGGCUGGGGUUGCGCUACGCGGGCACCCGGCCGGCGGCUGCGGGCCCUGGGAGAUGCGCGACCGCCUGGGCACCGGCGGCUUCGGCAACGUGUGCCUGUACCAGCACCAGGUGGGGCCGGGCCGGGCGGCGGGGAGGGCACGGCCGGGCCGCGGCGGCUGACGGCGCUGUGUCCCGCAGGACUCGGGCGACCGCGUGGCCAUCAAGUCGUGCCGGCUGGAGCUCAGCGUCAAGAACAAGGACCGCUGGUGUCACGAGAUCGACAUCAUGAAGAAGUGAGUGCGGGCGGGCCGGCUCGGCUCGGCUCGGCACGGCACCGGACACACAGGGAGAGGGGACAGCCGGGGCUCAGCUCCUGCAUAGAGCGGGGAAAGGGACAGCCGGGGGUCCGCCCCUGCCCUGGACUGGCCAAGGAGAGGGGGCAGCCGAGGAGAUGGGUCUGUGUUGUUGUGGGGCCAGCUGGUGUCUGCUGCUGAACCAGCUUGGGAGUGGGGACAGCCGGGGGUCACCCCCUGGACCUCUUGUCACCUGGUAUGCCUGUGCUGGUUUUAUCUCUCAUCCCAAUGUCCCCAUUGCUCAUGCCUUGGCUUGGGAGCUGGUGCCCCCCAAGCCCCCUGCCCUCUUGUGCUGCCUGGGCUGUUCACUCAUCCGAAAUUCCUCCAGACUCACACCACCCUGUGGAUUGAGUUUUGAUGUUGUGACUUGGGAACACCCACAUGUUCCCUUACCUUGCGGGACCUUUGUUUUUGAUUUAGCAACCAGGGGAUCUUGGAAUUGCUUUUUUUUCCUGUUACUCUGCCGAAUGUAAAUAAAUUCUCCUUUCACUUCCUCA